AUGGGAACUCAUUGGUUGAUAACUCGUGUUNUCCACUCGGACACCGUAACGCUACACUGGCAUGGCCUACCUCAACAGGGUACACCCUGGAUGGAUGGAGUCGCCUUCAUUACACAAUGUCCCAUUCUGCCAGGUCAAAGGUUCACCUAUGACUUUAUUGCUCGACCUAAAGGGACAUAUUGGUAUCACUCACAUGUUGGAACACAACGGACAAAGGGCCUCUAUGGAGCUUUGGUGGUUCGAGACCGAAACGAUAACAUGGCUGAGCAUAACAUAGUGGUUCAAGGAUGGAAUCACCACUGGUCUGCAGAUAUGGAUCAAUUGAAAUAUGAAAUGGGUGGAAUUUAUGAAGAUCGCGUGAAACGGAAAAAUUCCUACUUAUUUGAUGGGGACUUUUUCGCGAAUGUUCUUCUGACUUCAGCAAUCAUAAAUGGUCGAGGGCGUCACUACAGUAACGGUACUACUGAGGAGCACAACAGUGCCCCUCUCAGCAUAUUCAGGGUCCAACAGGGCCAGAUGUACAAGUUUAGAGUUAUAAAUGCAGACAAUCUCUAUCCAUUCCGAGUGUCAGUCGACAAUCACAAUAUCAGUGUCGUGGCCACAGAUGGAUAUGAUAUUCAGCCUGUUCUGGCCGAGUCCGUCAUCCUCCACUCCGGUGAACGUUACGACUUUGUAUUGACAGCAGAUCAAGCUGUUGGGAACUACUGGAUCAGAGCACAGUCUCUAGAGGUUGAAGAGGACCGACUCCAUAGGGCAGACGCUAUAUUAAGGUAUAUGGACGCACCAGAAGUCGAACCUACCAGUUCCUCGCGUACUUGUUCUGGUAAUAGCAGAUGUCUCGUCAUCAACUGUCCUUUCCUGUACUAUCCUGAAAACUUUUUUAUAGACUGUCUCUCAGUUGAUAAACUUACAGCUUUAGUUGACAAGGAUCCUGCGCCUGUGGCGUCUGAAGGUCACUUAAAGGAGUAUUUCCUCAAUUUUGCUUUCCCUGGUGUAAAUGGAUUCGGUCCUGCCUCUGUAAAUGGACGGAAACUGAAACUGCCAUCAGUGUCGGCACUUACACAGCCACGCGAGAUAGAAUCAACUUGUGACCUUGCAGAUUGUGGCGAGGAGAAGGAAUGUGAGUGUACUCAAGCGUUGUCAUUGGACUUUGGUGAUGUCGUACAGUUAGUUCUUGUCAGCAUGGGUAAAGGUACCGGGGGUUUUCAUCCCGUUCACCUCCACGGAUAUUCAUUUUACGUUCUUAAAGUUGGUUUUGGUAUUUACAACAACAAGACCGGACGCUAUAUUAGUCCAGCCGCCGACGAUAUCAACUGCAGAGGUUACGGUAAUUAUACAACUAGUUUUUGUAACGCAGCAACAUGGAGGAACCAAUCCUGGAGCGGGGGUAACAUCCCGGAUGUAAACCUUUUAAAUCCUCCUCGGAAGGACACAAUAUCUGUCCCUGCUGGCGGUUAUGUGGUUAUUAGGAUUAAGGUCGACAAUCCUGGACUCUGGAUUGUUCAUUGUCAUAUGCAGGUUCACAACAUCGAAGGCAUGGCUGUACUCCUAAACAGCUCUUUUGACAGGAUUCCAAAGCCACCUCAGCACUUUCCGAUCUGCCAUAACUUCCCACCUACAAGCAGAGCUGAGGUGUUGCCGACAACAACAUACACUGUGAUGAAACAGGAGAUUGAUGCAUGUAGUAGACAGUCAGAAGACUUUGACGGCUGGUAUACAAUGAAAACCUACAGGAUUACGGUGACAGUUCUGGGACUCGUGAUGUUGUUUAUGGUGGCCUACAUCCUCCAUCUACGUAAAAUCGUCAAGUCUGAUGGUCAAGCAAAGGAGUCUCAAUAACCGCAGACAUAUACAGUGUCAGAAGUGAAAAACCAUCAUAUAUAAAUCCUUCGUUUCAGUAAAGACAUUGGCAACCUUUAUCAUUGUAAAU